AUGCCCCCUUCUUCUCCGGUCCCGCAUCAGCCGCAAUACACCUAUCUCCCCGACAUGUUACUCCGGGCACGCGUGGACCCUUUUUCCCUCAGCGACCGACUCUUGCGCGUCGAAGCGCUUCAGCAGCUCAAGACACGGCGGGAAGCAUCGGUGGGUCGGAAGAGUCAGCGCUCGUCGCAGCUGUCUGAUGUCCAGGUGUCAAUGGACAUCAGUAUAGACGGGAAUUUGGAUGACUCGCGGGCGCGAUUGGUUUUGGAGACCCGCUCAAAGGGUCCCCGCCCAACGGUGCCAGCCGGUGAUCGGCCGUCACAGCUCGACUCGGACGAUGAUCGGGCCUGGGCGGUCCUCAGCGCUCAGCUCAGGGGCACGGAUAGCGAUACCGAUAAAGUGGACCUGCAGAGCGAUACGGCGAUGCGGAGCGAACCGCCUGAGGAUGGCGACGAGAGCGAAGCCGAAACGGACGAGGACAUAGACAUAGGUACGGGCGAUGCCGAAAUGGCAGCGACCCUGGGGGCGCAAUGUGACGGGGACGAGAAUUCGAUCGAUCCGACUCUGCGCGCCGCGAACGCCAAGAUGAAACAUCUCCGGCGUCAGCUGAUCGGCCUGCAGCAAGCAAGAACGGCUCAGGCGGCGUCAAAGCGGCGAGUCAAUCGGAUAAGUAGUCGGCUCAAAGAGGAGCAACUCGUUUCGGCAGCGUAUCAGCGGACCGUAAGAUCCACGCAGCAGGAGUUGGCGGCCCUCCAAGAGAAGGUAAAAAAGGGCGGUAGCGGCAGUGGGGACGAGACGUGUCAGUUGCGGUCAGCAAAGGCAGCGGCCGAGGUGAGAUGGGCGGUAGCUGAGUCACGGCUACGAUUUGCCCAGGGGGCGAGGGCAUAUUUCGAAGCCGGCAAGCUGGAGGCAGAGAGCAGGAGGGACGAGGCGAUAGAGAAGGCAAAGUCGGCGGAUAGGGCCCGACAGGUGGCUGAGCAGAGGACUGGGGAGAUGGAGAGGCAAAAGGAGGCGGUCCUCUCCAAGAACCGCGAAUUGCUGGCCAGGAUCGGACGACUCGAGCAGAGCCAGGCGGAUGCGGAGCUACGAGCAGCAGCAUCGUCCUCGGCCCACGAAGCCGGCAGGCGGGAUUCCGAGACUCGCGCAACAACCGCGGAGGCCGAAGCCCGAAUCGCUCGAGUGGCCGAAAAACGGGCAAAGGUCGCCAAAGCGUCAUCGGACGCGUGGCUCGCCCAGUCCAAGACGAUCGCAGCGCACUCUCGAGCACUGGCCGAUCAUGCGAUCCUGAAGAACGAGGGCCUUGAGGCGGACCGCCAAGACCUUCGACAGCAGAUGAAAGCCGCAACCGAGGCGUGGGCGAAGGAUCGGGCGGCGUUGCAGAGGUCGGUCGAGGGGGCGAGGGGAAGGGCAGCCGAUGCGGACGAAAGGAGGGUGAUGGCGGAGACGGCGAAAGAGAAAGCGGAGAGGAAGCUGGACGUGAUGAAGGAGGCGCACGAUAUGGAGCGGGAGAUGUAUGUCGAGAGGAUCAGGGACUUGACGGGGCGAGGGAAGGCCAAGCAGAGCGGAGCUGGGGACGAGGGGCAGUGA